AGCCAGCGAUUUGGGCAGUUGAUUACUCCGGCAGUGCAUCCCCAGUGCCUUGUCAAGGGUCAAGGGCCGCCAUGGAAACUCGCCACAGGAUCCCCAAAGGAGAUCCACCCCACGCGCACCAGCUCAUCAUUGUCGCCCCUCCCAUCAUCCCCGGUUAACCAUCGCUCCGAUCCCCCUAGCUAUUUAUACCCGCGCACCUGCGCAUCAUUUGCUCAUCACCACCGCCGGCGACCACCCUCCUUCCUCUCCACCAUCCUAGCUCCUACACACGGACACACAGAGCUCAGAUAGUUAGUUAGUUAGAGGAUAAUGGCGCCUCAGAGCCUUGAUCUUGGCCUGAGCCUUGGCCUGGGCCUCGUGUCUCGGUCAUCACAGCCGAGCUUCUGGUACUCCGGCGGCAAUGCGCCGGUGGAACCGGAAGUGGGUCCUACUCCGACCGCGGUGGCGGCGGUGGAGGAGAGGAGGUGUUCGCCUGGCAGCCCGGCGUCGAGCGGCAGCGGCAGCGGGCUGAAGCGCGGCGCCGAGAGGUCCGCCGGCAGCGGCGACGAGGACCAGGACGACGACGGCGGCAACGCGCGCAAGAAGCUCCGGCUGUCCAAGGACCAGGCCGCCGUCCUCGAGGAGUGCUUCAAGACGCACCACACCCUCACUCCGAAGCAGAAGCUAGCGCUGGCAAACAGCCUCGGGCUGCGGCCGCGGCAGGUGGAGGUGUGGUUCCAGAACCGCCGGGCACGCACCAAGCUGAAGCAGACGGAGGUGGACUGCGAGUACAUGAAGCGCUGGUGCGAGCAGCUCGCCGAGCAGAACCGCCGCCUAGAGAAGGAGGUGGCCGAGCUCCGCGCGCUCAAGGCCGCACCGCCGGCGCACAGCGCGGCGGCAGCGGCGGGGCCACUGACCACGCUCACCAUGUGCCUCUCCUGCAAGCGCGUCGCGUCCACGUCCUCCGCCUCGGCCUGCACCGUGCCCAGCUUUUCCGCCAAUGCCGCCGGCUCCGGCAUGCCAAUGCCAUCCCCGGUGGCGGUGCCAGACCACCGGCAGUUCUUCUGGGGGUUCCGGGACACCGGAGCGGCGUACGGCGGCCCCGCCGGGCUAGUGAAGGCGGUCAAGGCGGCCAGAUAGCAAGAGCAAUCCCUGUGAUGCCGCCAUGAUCAGCAUGCCAAGCAAAGCUAACAGAAAUGGCGGCAUUAUCACAACUCACAAGUCUAAGCAAGUUUAGCCGAGAGUUUCAUCCUUUUUUUCCUGCAUCCCUGAGGGAAAUGCAAGUUAGUUAGUUAUAGGAUCGCUCGAUCAAUGAGUUCCCACAUAUGGAUUAUAGUAAUGUACGCACGUGAAAAGUUGAUGGAAUAACAUGAGAAACUAAUUCAUACCAA